AUGGCCCUUGAGCUGAAGGUACUUAAUGCAGACCCCAGAACCUCUGGGUCACUGGGUCACAGAACCACUGGGUCACAGAACCACUGGGUCACUGGGUCACAGAACCAAUGGGUCACUGGGUCACAGAACCACUGGGUCACAGAACCACUGGGUCACAGAACCACUAGGUCACAGAACCACUGGGUCACUGGGUCACAGAACCACUGGGUCACUGGGUCACCGAACCACUGGGUCACUGGGUCACAGAACCACUGGUCACUGGGUCACAGAAUCACUGGGUCACUGGGUCACAGGACCACUGGGUCACAGAAACACUGGGUCACAGAACCACUGGGUCACUGGGUCACAGAACCACUAGGUCACAGAACCACUAGGUCACAGAACCACUGGGUCACAGAACCACUAGGUCACAGAACCACUGGGUCACAGAACCACUGGGUCACUGGGUCACAGAACCACUGGGUCACAGAACCACUGGGUCACAGAACCACUGGGUCACAGAACCACUGGGUCACAGAACCACUGGGUCACAGAACCACUAGGUCACAGAACCACUGGGUCACAGAACCACUGGGUCACUGGGUCACAGAACCACUGGGUCACAGAACCACUGGGUCACUGGGUCACAGAACCACUGGGUCACUGGGUCACAGAACCACUGGGUCAAAGAACCACUGGGUCACAGAACCACUGGGUCACAGAACCACUGGGUCACAUAACCACUGGGUCACAGAACCACUAGGUCACAGAACCACUGGGUCACAGAACCACUAG